AACUCGCUCAACAACGAUGAAUUCCAGACACCUCUAUGUUCUCUUGCUCACGUGGAUUAUUUGUAGCAGCAUUAUUGUUUGUGUAGAGGCACGGGUUGGUACCUUGUGGCCAUACAGAGAAAGGAGACGGAGGCAAACGCGACGGAGAGAACGAGUGCCUUCCCCCAAGAAUAAACUACUUAAACAGUCUAAAUUCAGGGUAUGUAUGAACUGCUAAAUGUUCCUAGUUGAAGGCGACAUGAUCCUCCUGAAGCAUGGUUCUUCAUUGGAGAUACGAAUAUCUUAUUUCAAAAAGAUAGACCAGGGAUUUUAAGUACGUUUCCUUUCCACGCGAUGAGUGGGGGUGGGAGAAACUCACAAGGACGAUAUGAUGGGGUAAGGAAAUCCUGGGCUCCAAAUAUCAGGGGCUCCCAACGUCAAUUCUCGGAAAAUAUCUCUGCGGAAGACGAUUUAAGAUUUAGAAUUUUUGGAACAUUUGUUGUAAAGUUUCUUGAUUGCCAGCCUCUCCUAGGAUUUUCGACCAUCUAAAAAAUGGUAUAAAAAGGUCACCUAGAAUUUUCAGAAGCCUUUUUCCUAGCUGAAGUUUUCGAAAAGGUAAGUUUUGAUCCCUAUAAUUUUCGAAUCAUUAGACUUUCAGCUAGGAAAUCCGAACAGAUGAAAAAUUUUUAGGGGAUAAAAAUAUGCCUAUAUCUACCGUUUAAAUACUAAAAUACGUUCAACAAUGUUAUUAGACAUUCAUUAUUAGACUUAGUGCCGUUUUUCUCAUUAUUUUUGUUGUUGUUAUCAUCAAAGUACUUAAGCUCUAGUGGAUGUUGUACCGACAUUAAUAUUACACCAAGGGAGCGAGUCAUAGUCAAUGGUCCCUUGGGUUAGUUCUCCUCCUUCAACUUUCCAAUACCUUCCUUAAGAUCCUUGCUGCUUCCAACAAUGCUGUUUUCUGCAGCAAACCCGUAUUCAUGGAAAUCCCCAGCUUGUCAAGCCAUGUAUUCAAUCUUUUGGUUACUGCACCGAGUGCACCAACCACUACCGGUACCACUUCCACACGUCUCAUAGCCCAUAAUUUUCCAAUCUCCAUCUUGAGAUCUUGGCAUUUCUCAAUCUUUGCACUCUUCUUUUGAUCCCAUGGCGAGCAAUAUCCAUGAUAAUUGACUUGCUACUCUCUUUCUCAACAACAACAAUGUCAGGUCUUGUGGCCUCAAUAAUAUGGUCACACUGGAUAGUCAUGUCCCACAAUAUCUUGCAUAUUUCACUUUCCUCUACCCCACCAGGUUGGCAAAAAAAAAAAAUAAAAAAAAUGAAACAAUAAAAAAAUAGUUGUUGUUAUUAUUAUUGUUAUUUUGAUUUUUUUUUCUGGCUUUUCUUUUGUUUUUGUUUCUGUUUUUUGUUUUUUUGUUUUUCUUUUUAUAAAUAAUCCGCUCUCAAGCAGCAUUUGUAAAUUGCCUAUACGUAGCGAGAUUUACAAUUGUACAUUUAAAAACACAAAUAAAGUUUCCCUUAUUAUUAUUAUCAUCAUUGUUACUUAAAUGACUGACUGGUUGAUUUUUUUAGCAUAAGCGAGCAGUGGAGGAAGAUUAUGAUGACACUGCGUGUACUCACGCGUGGAGGUUAAAGGCCCAUCCAAAAUGAACUGGCUAAGGCCACCCCACCGUUUACAUACAUUGCAACGGUUUCCAUAUCUGCAAGUCCAGCGUCCUAUACAUUGCUGUUCUACCAAGGAAGGCCUACAGUGGUUUCUGUGACCAUACAAAGUCAUCACGAAAUAACACUAUUGUAUUUUCUGUAGUUUGCGCAAGUGGACGAAGUCAAUUUUUGUUGUUGUCGUUGUUGUUGUUUUUCUUUUAUUUGUAGCUGAAGCAGUAUAAGUAGGUGGGCUAUGAUCGUCCCAGUGAGGAAUAAUAAUAACAACAAUGAUAAUAUGAAAUAAUAAUAAUAAUAAUAAUAAUCAUUAUUAUCAUUAGCGCAAGUACCAGCAGCAGGUGUUAGAUGUAGAAAUGGGUUCGUUUACGCCUUUAGUGUUUAGAACCAAUGGCAGAAUGGGAAACGAGUGUCAACGGUUCUUAAAGCGUCUCGCAGGCAAGAUAGCUCAGAAAGACACCGAGCCUUAUCAUGUUGUAAUCACUUGGCUCAGGACACAGAUCUCGUUUGAACUCUUAAGAUCGGUACAUGCAUGCGUCAGAGGUUCGCGAACGCCGUUU